CUCCGCUCUGAGGCCCGAAUCCUGAGCCAGGCACUUCCCAGAGCCCGGACCGGCCUCCGGGUGCGCGGGGAUGGCCGGGGGAAACCAGACGUCCGCUGAUGGGGGCCAGCUCUCCGCUCCGCGUCCUCCCGGAGCCGGCCAGCCCCAGCCCAGGGAGCCGCGGUGUAGCCCCGCGGGGCCUAGAGCCCCACGCCCCCGGCCCGCCCCAGGAUCGCGCCGCCGCUUGUUUACUCCCCGGCGCAGCCUAGUCCGACCCUGGGGCCCGCCCCCGCCUGCCGCCUAUUGGUGGAGGAAGCGCCAGGGCCGGCGAUAAUUGGCCCGGGGGAGGCGGAGGGGUAGGCUGCGCGGGAGGCCGAGAGGGGGCAGCAGGCGAUGGCGGCGGCAACGGCGGGUCGGCUAGGCUGGUUGCUCGCCGCGUUCUGCCUGGGCAACGCCGCCGCGGAGGCGGCUCCGGGUCCUCGAGUGCUGGGCGUCUGUCUGGAAGAGGACGGAGCGGCAGGCACGGGGUGGGCGCGAGGAGAGGAGGUGCGGACUGCUCCGGAGGCCACCUUCCGCUUGCGCCUCUUCGGGUCGGGCUUAGCCAACAGCUCCUGGUCCUGGGUGGCCCCCGAGGGGGCGGGCUGCCCAGAGGGCGGGCCGGUCGCAGCUCCAGACGAGGCAGCGGCCCCCACGGGCGAGUGGCGUGCGCUGCUGCGCCUGCGCGCGGAGGCCGCGCAUCCGCACUCCGCGCGGCUGGCAGUGCGUGGGGAGCCGGGCGGCGCGGCGGCCCCCACGGGCGAGUGGCGUGCGCUGCUGCGUCUGCGCUCUGAGUCCGCGCACCCGCACUCGGCGCUGUUAGCCGUGCGUGUAGAGCCGGGCGGCGAGGCGGCCGAGGAGGCGGCCCCGCCCUGGGCAGUGGGUCUGGGGGCGGCGGGGUUGCUGGCGCUGGCGGCUCUGGCGCGGGGCCUGCAGCUGAGCGCCCUGGCGCUGGCGCCGGCCGAAGUGCAGGUGCUGCGCGAGAGCGGCUCGGAGGCGGAGCGUGCGGCGGCGCGGCGUCUGGAGCCCUCAAGACGCUGGGCCGGCUGCGCCCUCGGGGCGCUGCUGCUGCUGGCUAGCCUGGCUCAGGCUGCGCUGGCGGUGCUACUGUACCGCGCGGCUGGCCAGCGCGCCGUGCCCGCCGUGCUGGGCAGCGCGGGGCUCUUGUUCCUGGUGGGCGAGGUGGUGCCGGCUGCCGUGAGCGGGCGCUGGACGUUGGCGCUGGCGCCGCGCGCUCUUAUCCUCAGCCGCUUGGCGGUGCUGCUCACUCUGCCCGUGGCGCUCCCGGUGGGCCAGCUGCUGGAACUAGCCGCGCGGCCUGGGCGGCUGCGGGAGCGCGUGCUGGAGCUGGCGCGCGGCGGUGGCGACCCCUACAGCGAUCUCAGCAAGGGCGUGCUGCCCUGCCGGACCGUGGAGGACGUGCUCACGCCCCUCGAGGACUGCUUCAUGCUGGACGCCAGCACCGUGCUGGACUUCGGCGUCCUGGCCAGCAUCAUGCAGAGCGGUCACACGCGCAUCCCCGUGUAUGAGGAGGAGCGCUCCAACAUCGUGGACAUGCUCUACCUCAAGGACUUGGCCUUCGUGGACCCCGAAGACUGCACGCCACUCAGCACCAUCACUCGCUUCUACAAUCACCCACUCCACUUCGUCUUCAACGACACCAAGCUGGACGCCGUCCUGGAGGAGUUCAAGCGAGGGAAGUCCCACCUGGCCAUCGUGCAGAAGGUGAACAACGAGGGCGAGGGUGACCCCUUCUACGAGGUGCUGGGCCUGGUCACCCUGGAGGACGUCAUCGAGGAGAUCAUCAAGUCUGAGAUCCUGGACGAGUCUGAAGAUUACCGAGACACCAUAGUGAAGAAGAAGCCGGCCUCUCUGAGCGCCCCCCUCAGGCAGAAAGAGGAGUUCUCCCUGUUCAAGGUGUCUGAUGACGAAUACAAAGUGAAAAUCUCUCCGCAGCUGCUCCUGGCCACCCAGCGCUUUCUCUCCCGAGAGGUGGAUGUGUUCAGCCCACUGCGGAUCUCCGAGAAGGUCUUGCUUCACCUGCUGAAGCAUCCCAGUGUCAACCAGGAAGUGAGAUUUGAUGAGAGCAACCGCCUGGCCGCACACCACUACCUGUACCAGCGCAGCCAGCCCGUGGAUUAUUUCAUCCUCAUCCUGCAGGGCAGGGUUGAGGUGGAGAUCGGGAAAGAGGGCUUGAAGUUCGAGAAUGGGGCCUUCACCUAUUAUGGAGUGUCUGCCCUGGCGGCGCCGUCCUCCGGUAAGCUGCAGCCACCCUGGUGCUGGGGGCUGGGCUGGCAGAGCCAGUGGCCCAGGCCUCUUGCAGGGCGGUCUGCCCUGCAACCUGCUGGCCCUUCUUGGCUCCGGGCUGCAUGGAGGGAGGGGCAGCCUUUCUUUAGGGCUCAUCUUUGUUGCCCUUCCCACCCAUGCAGAACCUCCCCAGGAAGAGCAUGUUUGUUCUCUUCAGAGUCCCCGAGUGAUGGGGGGUGGCCCUUAGAGGCUGUGCUGUUGUCCCCAGGGCAGGGCUGGCCCGCUCCACCACCGACUGUUCUUCCUGUAGUUCCCCAGUCCCCGGUGUCCUCGCUCCAGUCCGUCCGCCAUGACCUGCCACCCGAGCCCGCCGACGGCACCCGCUUGUCUGCGUAUUGUCCUGACUACACCGUGAGGGCCCUCUCUGACCUGCAGUUCAUCAAGGUCACACGGCUGCAGUACCUCAAUGCACUCCUGGCCACCCGAGCCCAGGCCCUGCCGCAGCCCUCUGAGAACGCAGACCUCCAGACCAUCCCAGGCAGCCAGACCCGGCUCCUCGGUGACAAGGCUGCCACAGCAGCAGGGUCCAACCACAGCAGACCCGGGCUCCCAGUGGAGGAGAGCCCCGGCCGGAACCCGGGCGUUUAACCGCUUGCCAGGAGCCCCAGAUCUGGGGAACAGAUAAGCACGUGGGGAACUGGAGCGAGCCAAGGAGUGGCCUCCUGCCAGCCCGUCCCCCGUCCCCUGCAGGCCACGUUUUAGAUGGCCUUCAUGUGCGGGUCCCGGCUGUCCUCAGAACCAGACAUCAGUGCCAGGAGCCUUCAGCAGGUCCUGCCCCCCUUAAGGAGAUGGGCUCAGCUGGGACCAGCUGUCCAGGUUGCUUCUGAACGGAAUGAAAGGAACAGCAUCAUCUCCAGUCCCCGGGGGCCAGCCUCCCUGUGACAGUGCAGUGUAUUAUACCUCUUCUGGCCAAGCCACAGUGCACGAUGACUGCCUUUAUGUGGCUGUGACCUGUACUCUCUUUGCUUUUAAUUUGCCAACCUUCUGCUGCUGGCAGCACUUUUUUGAGUGAACCAAGAGCACCGGUGUGGGCUGGGGGGUUCACAUCCACGGCCUGGGCUACAGGGACCUUUUCAGCUUCUCUUAUGGUGCCAUGCUUCAGAGCAUGCACUCAGCCUGUCCCAUGUGCCAAACGUAAAACAGGUCUGUCUCACCAGGCCCGCUGCCUCCUGUGGAGGUGGCUUUUUUGAUCCCAGCCCCAGCCCUGAGUGAGCAUGCUGGCCCUGGUGGGGCCGAGGAGCCUGCUCUUCCUGCUGCUCCUCUGCCUGCCUGGAAUUGCCACUAACAGUAUUGUCAUUUUCUGUGUUUAAGAAGAGGUCACGUGUGAGAGGAAGGGAUGGUUCUGCUGCACCUAAUCCUUUCUUCGUUGUUGGAUCCCAGGGAGGGUAGCCAUCAGCCCUGUUUCACACCUUCCCCCUGAGGCCCAUGGGUUGGGGGGGCGUGUGGCUGUCUAGUGCAUGGACUGCAGAGAGGGAGGCAGGGUGGUUCCGGGACCAGGUAGAUCCCCAUCACCUUUCUUAAAAAAACAUGAAAUCAGAGUUUCCUUAUAUCUCUGAAACAUUUCAAGCCCCUUACUUUUUUUCUUUUUCUAGCUGAGGGGUUUUAGAGAAGUGGGAACAAGAGGGCAUUCAUCUCGUCUUCUGGUUCACCUUCAUUCACCUUGCACAGUUCUUCAGUUGUGUAGAAACUGGGGCAUCACAGGGACCUAGGUAGGAUAGGGAGGGAGGAGGAUUUCUGGAAACUUUCUCAAAGGAUUUUGAGUUAUUAUCCAGGCUCAAUGGGAACGAAGGCCAAAAAACAGCAUGCUCACUUUAGAAAUUGUUCUCAAGGAAUUCUCUCCAAGAGCAAACUCAUCUGUCUCCAGAAUAGUGGUUCCUAACUUUGGCUGCACAUCGGAAUCACAUGGCAAAUAAAAAAAUGAUCCCUGGGGCCCACCCCCUGGGGAGUGUGAUUUUAAUCCGCUGGGCGCCAGGGUUUUAUUUUUUAAAAUAAUUUUAGAUUCAUAGAUCAUAUCCCCUUCACAUCAGCUUCCCUGAAGCUUCCCAGCUUCACAUGACAUAAUCCUGAUACUAAAAAAUCAAUGUUGGUACAGAACUAUAAAUUACACUUACUUGGAUUUUUAUCACUUUUUCCAGUAAUGUCCCUUUUCUGUUGCAGGAUCCACUUGAGGGUACCAUGUUGCAUUUAGAGCUUUUGCUUUUUUUCCUCUAACUUUUUAUUUUGAAAUAAUUACAGAUUCAUUAGGAAGUUGCAAGGACAGAGGUCUCAUGUGCCUGCCACCAGGUUUUCCUCAGUGGCCACAUCUUACAUAGGUACAGUGAUGUCUCAGAACCAGAGAUCUCCAUGCUGGCUCAGUGUGGGUGUGUAGUUCUAGAGCAACUUAGCGCAUGUAGAUUUGCGUAACCACCACUGCCCUCUACAGAACUGUUCCUCACCAGGAUCCCCUCCAACAGACCCUUUUAGAGCCAUACCCACCCCCUCUGGCCACCAUCCCUAAUCCCUGGCAACCACUAAUCUGUUCAUCAUCUCUAUAAUUUUUGUCACUUCAAGAAUGUUGUAUAAAUGGGAUCCCAUAGUAUGUAACCACUGGGACUGGCUUUUUUCCAGUGUAAUGUUUCCUAAGUGUAAUGUUCUGGAGUCUCCUGCAGGCUGUGUGGGUGCCAGUCGUUCACCCCUUUCUGACUGCUGGGUGCUGUUCCGUCAUGGGCUCCUGUCCUGUCUAAGGACAUCUGGGUGGUUCCCGGGUUUUGGCUAUUCCAAAUAAAGCUGCUAUGAACAUCA